UCAUUGAUUUGCAAGAAGGAUUUGAUACCUGUCCGUUCAGUUGUAACAAAACUUCCACAGCUUAUUCUUUAGAAUAAAAUGUGACAUAAGCAAACCCUUUUGGCCUACAUUUGACUUCGUCCAUUACAACAUCCAUUGAAGCAACCAAAAAGUCGAAGAAGACAAAAGAGAUGUGUAAAUGCAGAUGCGUGAAUAAAUGCCGAACUAAAGCUGGUGUUAAGAUUUAAGAGACUGACCUCCAUGUACUCGGCUAUAUUGAGAAAAUGCAGGGGAUGAACUGGAAGGAAACAGACUGACCUCCAUGGACUGACCUCGUGGUUAGCUUUAUCAGUGAAACUCGCAUAUUAACCAUGAAUCUCGAGGAUGAACUGGAAGGAAACAGACAUUGAGGGAUUCUUGUCUCAAGUCCAGACUUUAUUUUGCCAUGAUGUUGUGUACUGAGGAUCUUUAUUGCUGAUUGCAUUCUCCUAAAAAAGACUCCAUGCUUGGGAGGGAACUUCUUAGCUUCUGGUGUUGUGGAAAUGCUCUAGAAAAAAACAGGUAGAUUAUCUAUAUUUGCUUAUUUAUCUGUGGCUGAGACAGAUUAGCUCAAGUUUAUUAAGCAUCUGAAAAGUCCCUUGUUUUUUCAGCUAAUCUACGUGAAUGUUAUGUUUCAGACAUGUGUUGAUUCCUGAUCUUAAGAUGUGUGAAGUCUGUUUGGUCCCUCCAUGGUUCAAAUUUCGAGCUCCCAGGGAAAGAGAAGAAGUCUUCGUUGAGAUAUGGCUUUAAACGUUUGCUCCAGGCUCAGGGACACCGAUUCACAGGCACUCUUGUGAAUAGGUUUUCGUUGUUCUUAAGGGGAAUAGUACUCUGCAUCUCGCUGAAACACAUGGAACUUUCCCUGGGAAACCAAUUGAGUUUCCAGUCUUUGCCAACGGGUACUAUUCAUAUUCCCAUCAAUGAUGCUCAUCAGGUCAAGAACACUGGUCAAGAGGACCUGCAGUUGCUGGUUAUUAUAUCUCGCCCGCCAAUUAAAGUCUUUGCGUACGAUGACUGGUUUAUGCCACACACUGCUGCGAGGUUGAAGUUCCCUUACUAUUGGGAUGAGCAAUGCCUCCAAGAAUCACAAAAAGACGAGCUUUAAUCUUUUUGACAACACUCGUCGCCUCUCCCUCUGUACUUGUUCUUCGCUUGCUAAUUAGGCCCAUACUAAGUCUCAACUUUCAGGUUUGGUCGGCCCAAUAGAUUUUUAUUUAUUCCUUGUCUAAUUAGACCCACAGUGAAGCCCAACUUUAGAUUUACCCGGUUAGAGUCACCGGUUUAAAAUACAAUCCGGUUCAAAAAAUUUCUAUAGCUGGGCAUUCGGUUCUCUGUUUUUGGUCGGUUUUUUUUUUUAAAUGUGUUUCGAAAAAUAUCACCGAGAAUGAACCAAA